AUGCUCAAAACGGUCACCUUUUGCGCCCUGCUCGCCAUUGGAGUCUUCGCCUCGGCGAAAUUCGAAGAAGAAGAGAGUGUUAUCGUUCUCACAAAGGACAACUUCGAUGAUGUCGUGAGAUCACCGGUUCGUGUCGUCGAAUUCUACGCUCCAUGGUGCGGACACUGCAGGUCUCUCGCUCCCGAAUACGCCAAGGCCGCCACUCAAUUGAAGGACGAGGGAUCCGCCAUCAGACUUGGAAAAUUGGACGCCACCGUGCACGGAGAUGUCACUUCGAGUUCGAAAAGAAGACCGGACCAGUUGCCGACCCUUGCCUCGGCUGAUGAGUUGAAGGACUUGACCGACUCCGCUGACGUCGUUGUUGUUGGAUACUUCAAGGCUGCCGAUAACGAGAAGGCCAAGGCUUUCCUCGAGGUUGACUGCCGGAAUCGA